GCAACCUCAUGGUUCCUAGUCAGAUUUGUUUCCACUGCACCACGACAGGAACUCCAGAAUUUCCAAUUCUUAAUUUCAACAUCAUCUUUAAACAGAGACUCGUCGUGAUCAAUGCAUUGGGAUUGUAUCUGUCACAGAUCCGCCCCCACAUCCGUGCUUCCUGCCUUUCAUCUCCCCAAGACCCUCCGGCCAGGAACAUGAGGAAUGACACAGAAGAGCUGAAGGAGUUCCUCCUGCUGGGAAUACCUCAGACAGAGGGACUGGAGCCUGUGCUCUUUGUCAUCUUCUCAGCCAUUUACCUCUUCACCCUGCUUGGCAAUUUACUCAUCAUUGUAGCAAUUACUUCCUCCUCUACCCUUCGCACCCCCAUGUACUUCUUCUUGGGACUCCUGUCUAUUUUGGACAUAUUGUUCCCAUCUGUCACCUGUCCCAAGAUGCUCUUCUAUCUCUCUGGCCGGAGCCGCGCCAUUUCCUACGAGGGGUGUGCUGCGCAGCUCUUCUUCUAUCAUUUCCUGGGUUCUACCGAAGGCUGCCUCUAUUCUGUGAUGGCUUACGAUCGCUUUGUUGCCAUCUGUCACCCACUCAGGUAUAUGCUCAUCAUGAGACCUGGAGUCUGUGUCGGUUUGGUCAUGGCAGCCUUGUUGGUGGACUGUCUUCAUGCCACCAUCCUCAUGUCCCUUACCUUUCAGUUACCCUACUGUGGCCCCAAUCAGGUGGCCUACUUCUUCUGUGACAUUCCUGCUGUCUUACCCCUGGCUUGUGCUGACAGCUCCCUGGCCCAGAGAGUAGGUUCCACUAAUGUUGGCUUUCUGGUUUUAUUGUUUUGGUUCAGCGUUUGUGCCUCCUACACGCGCAUUGGAAUUGCCAUUUUGAGAAUCCGCUCAGCAGAGGGUAAGCAGAAAGCGUUCUCUACCUGCAGUGCCCACCUCACUGCAAUCCUCUGUGCCUAUGGGCCUGUAAUCAUCAUCUAUCUGCAGCCCACCCCCAAUGCCUUGGUGGGUGCCAUGGUGCAAAUAUUGAAUAAUAUUGUUUCACCCAUGCUGAACUCCUUAAUCUAUUCCCUAAGGAACAAGGAAGUAAAAAGCUCCCUAAAAAGGGUUUUCCACAAAGUAGUAUUUACUGCUCUGGAAUAAAUUGUAGGUUUUGUAAUGGAUUUUAGAAAUGUCUUGUCUUUUGACAUCAUUCUCCUAUUUCUUCUCUGUAAUAAACAUAUGAUAGAAAAUGCUUCCUCUAAAACAUUAUAUUUUGUUUACCCAAUACGUUUUUCUUUGUGUGUAAUGUCUCAGGCCCCAUGAGUAACUGUGUAACUAAUAUAAUCCUCCAUGCCUAAUUCUAGGAAAGAAAUCCAAAGGGAAUAGCAAGCAGCUGAUGACAAAUUUGUUUCCUUCUUAUGAUAGCCAGGGUGGAAAUAGUGAGGAGUCCAAGAACCACCUUUCAACAGCCAUCUCUGUGCUGAGUCACCCUUCAUUCCAUUUCUUUGCUCCACUUAGAAUGUAACCGUUCCCCUUUUCUAUCUGCAAGCAUUUCACUUCCUCCAUAUUGCUAAGAAUACUUUCCAUUGACAGAACA